GGGCGGGCCAUUGAAGACUGGCGGGGAUAUUCGAGCCUUCCAAAUGACGACGGAGAUAGCAAAGGAUUAUAGUUACAUCAAAUGUCAUGCUUUAAGUGUAAUGUAGUUUAACAAUUUAGCUUGUCAUGGUAACUCACGAAGUUUGAUUACUGUCAAGGAUCGUUUUGGUAAAACGCGAAUUUUCAAGUGCUUUUCAAAUGGAGCCGAUGGAGGUGGACUUGCAGUUGGGGGUCCCCAGGAGGGAACCAGAACCAGAUGCUAUGGCAGGCAAUGUAGAGCCCCCUGUCAUCAUCCCUGACUCUGGCAGCGAAACUGAGGUUGAGGACGAGGUAGACGCGGGUCCCCUAGACCCACCACGGCUCCCGACCACCUGGGCGUUCAGUCGGAACCGAAUCAGAGUGGAGGGUCAUAUUUUGCACAGGGUCACUACAGCAGCAGUCCGGAGGCAGCGGAGAGCCAGGCCAGGCAUCAGUGCGCUCUACCCCACCCAGACCUCUCCCUCUGCUAGCCGCUUCCUAGAUUUCCUGCUGCGAGUCCCUGCAGCCAACCCUGACUCUGGCAAUACCACAGAGUCGAGCGAGACGGAGGAUGAGGCAGACCCCACAGGGCCAGUAGACCCUCACAACCCUGACGAACCUGCUGUUCCCUCCAGCCCUGGAAUGAACCCUCCUGUGGCAGCCACGCCACUGCAAGGCCCAAAUCCUUCAGAUUCUAAUGCAACCACAGAGGCUGUGAGGACAGAGACUGGAAAUCAAGUGAAUCCUGAGAGUGUAACAGCCCCAGUGGCCACCAGUGGUGCGGCUCUUCGGUCGUCCCAAGGGGAUGAGGGGGAGGGGGAGACCUGCUCUAUCUGCUUUGAGCCCUGGACCACGUCAGGGGAGCACCGACUGGCCACCCUGCGCUGCGGACAUCUCUUCGGCUCCACCUGCAUUAGCCGCUGGGUGAGGGGCCAGGGCCAGGGAGCCAAGUGUCCCCAGUGCAACAAGAAGGCCAAGCGCUCUGAUAUCGUCCUCCUGUAUGCACGCAAGCUGAGGGCUUUGGACAACACAGAGCAGGAGAAUAUGAAGAGGUCAUUGGAGCAGGAGCAGUCAAUGCGUAGGAAUGCUGAACUAAAGUCAGCCCAGUGCCGGCUACAACUGCAGGUGAUGACAGACGAAUGUGGGAAACUACGCAAGCAGAUACAGGAGUUGAAGACGCUGAUGGCUCAGCCUGGCUGUAGGCCUUCUGAGAACCCAGGGGCCUCUCUCUCUGGGCUCUCACAGAGACAGGACAGCACCCAGGGGGGCCACUACGUCUUCUCCAAGGCCGUGCUAGUGUCCCAGGCGGGGGGCUGCAGGGUGCUGUCCUACUGUGAACCCCUCAGCUGCCUGCUGGCCUCCCAUCCCUCCCCACACACCACACUGGUGCCCGGCUAUGGUGUGAAGAAGGUGAGUACGGUGAAUCUGAAGACAUGCCAGUAUGUUCCCAUCCAUGUUAAACAGAUCAGAGGCCUGGCAUUCAACAGACAAGCUGACGGCCUCCUGCUCUCUGCUGCCCUGGACAACACCAUCAAACUCACCAGUCUAAUGGCCAACACAGUGGUGCAGACGUACAACACGGGUAAGCCAGUGUGGAGCUGUUGCUGGUGCCUGGACAACAACAACUACGUGUACGCUGGUCUCAGUAACGGCUCUGUGCUGGUGUAUGAUACCAGAGACACCAGCACACAUGUCCAGGAGCUGCAGCCACUACGCUCUAGGUGUCCCGUGGCCUCACUGUCCUACGUGCCUCGCGCCUCCUCCAGCUCGUUCCCGUGCGGCGGCCUCAUCGCAGGUUCUCUGGAAGGGGGCUGCUUCUGGGAGCAGGUGGACGGCACCACUUACAGACCCCACAUUUUGCCCCUGGAGACAGGAGGCUGCACAGACAUCCAGGUGGAGCCAGAGAGCAGACACUGUCUGGUCACCUACAGACCAGGGCGCUCCAACCCUUCUCUGCGUUGUGUUCUGAUGGAGCUGAACAGGACUCUACAGCAGGAUGCGGCCCAGGAGCCCUUGUGUUCCUGCUACCCUGUCCAGACCUUCAGCGCCGGCUCCUCAUGCAAAGUGCUCACCAAGAACGCUGUGUUCAGAAGCCCAGCCGGGGAGGGCUCCACUUUGGUCUGUGCCGGGGACGAGUCCACUAACUCCACCAUGGUGUGGGAUGCAGGGAGUGGAUCCCUGAUUCAGAAGUUGCCUGCUGACCUCCCAGUGUUGGACAUCUGCCCGUUUGAGGUGAAUCGGGGCAGUUACCUGGCCUCGCUCACUGAGAAGAUGCUCAAAAUCUACAAGUGGGAAUAAGGAGAGAUUAUGGAAAACACACCACCAGCAUAGAGCAUGUAUGAGUAGCGCAGCUGCUGCACUGUAUAAAUGGCAUCCAUUUAAAACAGCUUUUUCUUAGACUACAGAGGAACCUUUGUUGGGUUUGCUUUGCAGUGGAGGGACUGGAGAGAUCACACUGCUGCACUGUUAUCAACAAACUGAUAGCUGGAGUGCCAGUACAGCUACACCACUGUCCUAAAUGUUUACAUUUGAGGAUAACUGAAAAUGUCCCAUCAAAAUGAACAAAAAUGACACAACAGAUAUAGUACAGCAAGACUAGGGUUUCAUACCCACUCACCACUACCCAGUGUUUUGCUCUGUAGCUUUUCCUCUGGAUGUGAAGAUGAAUCUGUUUGUCAGCCAUGCUGCUGAUGUUUGUUUUAAUUUCGCAAUGUUGUGUUUCUUCACUGGGCCAUGUUCAGUUGCCAAACGUUCUUGAACGUUGCAGAUAGAAAUUCCAUGAAUAGAACCGAUGUGAGUCCUUACUGUACAUAUCAGAGGCAUGUUUGAGCUACAUUGCCUAUUUCUAUCUGAAUGUUCCAAAAUGUUAAAUCCUGCUGAAUGGUCUUAGGCUGCGUUCACACAGGCAGCCCAAUUGUGGGUCACGUUCAACAGGAUUGAACGUUUUGGAACGUUUAGAUUGGAAAGCUAUGUAGAAUAAGGAAUGCAAUCGGCUCUUCAUUACAUUUUCUAUCUGCAACGUUCAAGAACGUUUGGCAACUGAACAUGGUCCUAAUCUUUGUUCCACUAAUUGGUCAAAAGUCCAAUCACAUCAGAUCUUUUCAUAUCUUUUUCAGAGCUGAUCUGGUUGGUCAAAAGACACAUUUAGUGAAGAAAAUAUCAGAAAUGGGCUGCCUGUCCAAAUGCAACCUUUGAGAUGGAUCCAUGGAUGAAAAUCAGGACAUCUAUAGCUAACAAGUUACAUUUCCUGUAUUCUGAUUCAAGCCUGAUCAGCAGGCUUUUUCAAAAAUCUUAAAAAUUUACUAAAAAUGGUUUGCUUAUUUUAGAUCCAGAGGGAAUUAUAUAUACAUUUAUGUUUUAUACCAAAUGUUUAUACUUUUUCAAAUGUAAUAAAAUAUAAAUAAUUGGUUAUUG